ACAAUUAAGGCAUUUUAUACAAUCCUUUCGAAGUGAUUUAUUUCUUCACAUAACACUCAAUCGACUUCAGUCUUAAAAUGUUAUUUUUAAUACUGCUUUCUGCAGCCUUUUUUCAAGGUAUUACCAGUGGUUCCUUAGAAGAAAUUGAGAGUAAUCUUUGUGAAAAAGACCCUUUCGAAGCAUGCAGGUUUAAAAAAAAUGGUACAUUUCCAGAAUCAGCUGAAGAUGUGGACGCCUUGUGUAAAGAUUUGGUACCCUUUCAUCAUUGCAUUUCAGAGUUCUUAAGAAAUUGCGAUACGGAUGAAGGAGAUGAUAUCCCGCAUCGAGGAUUUUUCAAUUUCGGUGCAAUUUUAAUACUCUGCAACAAUCAGUCACGAGUUUACCAAGGUAAUGUACCGCCAAGGUACUAUAUGCAUUAUCUUAUGAAUUUUCAAGUAUUCGUGUGA